CUCUUUCUGUCCCAGUGUGUCAGCGUGUACCCUACAAGAUGCCCGUGUCCGAAGAGGAGGCAAAGGAUCAUGGAACGUGAGCAUGGGACGGAGAGAGAGAAAGAGCAGACGCGACGCAUUCAUCAACUCAUACAGACAGAGGAGAGAGGGAGAGAGAGGGCUCACAUGCACACCGAUGAACGAAUGCCGGCCGGAAGCCAUGUGUGUCAGAGUAAUUGAUUGCUGUGAUUGCUUCGCUAUUGUUGUUUCUUGCUGCAGGUGGAGCAAAGUGCGUAGGCUGGGUGGCUAUGUGCAGCAUCUCAUGGAAGCCGACGAAGACACCGAGCACCUCUACACUGCAUCGGGCUUCCCAAAGGCAGGCAGCCACACCACACCACAGCCGAGAAGCCACCUCCUACCCUACUUUCUGUGUGUCUGUGUGUCUGUGUGUCUGCAGGGGACGGAGCAGUUCCCGCUGUGCUGCAACAACCUUGAGUUCGCCGAGCUGGGCGCGGGUUUCCCGAUGUACUUUGACUUCUUGAAGCAGCUGGUGCUGCUCCUGGUGGGCUAUUUCAUCCUCAUGGUCCCUGCCAUGGUCGUCUACGGCCAAGAGAACAAACUCAGUCACAAAGAGGACGGCUGGAAGGAAGAGUCGAGGCUCGGAGGUAGGAAGGAGUUUUGUUUGAUGAGUUAAUUGGUGGUUGUGUGAUGUGAUGUGGUGUGGUGUGUCUGCCUGGGCGUCUGUGUGUUGUAAUCAGAUUUGCUGACGGCGGGGAAUUUGGGCAGGAACAAUGAGGGCACCCAGCUGCCCACCAUCGCAAUGGCAUGUGUGGCCAUCUUCACACUCGUCAUUCGUACGUCUGUCUGCAAAAUCAAGCAAACGGCACACACACAUUCACACCACACCCUGCAUGGCCACCAUCCCAUCCACUGCUGUGUGUGCCUGUCCCUCCCUUCCCCCCUCCCUCCCUCCCUCCCUCCCUCCACAUGUCCCUCUCUCUCUCCAGUUGUUCACUUCAACCGUCGUCAGGAGUGGAUGCGGCGCAGUGUUGACAAGGAGGCCUGCCACCCCAACGACUUCGCAAUCAUGAUCAGAGGGCUCCCGCCGGACGCCAUUGACGAAGAAGAAAUCAGGUAGGCAGGCAGGCAACCAAACCACACACACCAAUAUACAUUCUGUACAGGGCAGGGAGGGACAGCAGAGCAGAGCAGGGCAGCCAAUGGGUGUCUGUCUGUCUGUCUAUAGUGUGUUCUUCGAGGAGCAUGCGACUCCAGGUGACGAGUCGGUGCCCGUCGUCAAGGUGGUCGUCGGCUUCGACGUCGCCGAACACUUCGCUUUACAAGAGCGGAAAAAGAAGAUCGAGAUCGCCAUAGGCAAGAAAGCCAAACAGAAGACCAGACAGAGGGGACAGGUAUGUAGGGAUGGCUGCCUGCCUGCCACAGCACAAUCUAGCAUUGUUUUGAUCGAUCUUUGGUGGCAUUUGAAAGUGAGUGGGUGAGUGUUGUCAUGUCAAUCAGUGUCUGUGCGUGUGGUCUGGUGUGCGUCAGGAUCGGUCAGAGCGGACAGUGGCGGCGGACACGGAUGCCGAGGGCGGUGGUGGUGCUGCCGGCGGCUGCUGCUCCUGCCUCUUCGGCGGCGAACAUCUUGAGAUGAGGGUCAGGCAGUCAGUCAGGCAGUUUCACGUGUGUGUGUGUGGGUGUGUGGGUGGAUCCCCUUUGCCUUUGUCUUUGUGUGUGUAUGUGGUGCACUGUAGGACAUGUCAGCCCUGAGGGCUGAGCUGGAGAAUGUCAAGGCACAGAUCGCACAGAUGAGCCAACUCGACUCGCAGAACACACUCAAGUUAGUACUUAAGAGAAAUAGAUACAAAGAUCAGUCAGUCCAGCUCCUCCAUGUCCCUCCCUAAUGCAUUCAAUGUGUGCACACGUCACUGCACUGCAGGGGGUCGGGCUACGCCAUCCUCAUACUCAAGAAAGAAGCGGUGCGGUGCGCACCUCACUUCCUUCUGGCCAGAGAGGCAUUCUUUCCUGCAUUGGUUGAUGUGAUCUCUCUCUGCCCAUCCACACACGCGUGUCGGGCUCUUUGUUUCCUUACUUCAUUUAGGAUCAGCGCAGCUGUCUGGACCGUUGGAGCAACGACUUGUGGGUGCAGCUCCAUCGGCUCACCUGCGGCCUUAUUCCCACAAACCUGCCCAAGUUCAGGGGCAACAUCGACCUCAGGGUAGGUUUGUGAAUGGCAGGCAGGCAACACACGUGCAGUGUGUGCACAUAUGGAUGGAUAGAUGAUUUUCCAUCUCUAGUUUUUUCUUUCUCUGUGUGUGUGAGUUAAGGUUGAGCGUGCUCCGAACCCUGAUGACAUUGUGUGGCACAACAUGGUACGUGCGGUGCGCAUGGGCUCACACACACCUGUCAGGUGUGUGUGAAGACACAAAUGAUGGAUGGAUGUCCUCUCGUGCCUGGGUGUGUGGUCAGGGCUUCACUGACAUGCAGCGGCUGCAGGCAAAGGUCGGACUGACUGACUGACGGCCACCCACACACCCAACAAACAUACACUGACACACACACCAAAUGCUCCUCUCUCUCUCUCUCUCCCUGUGUGUGUGUGUGUGCAGCUCAAGACCUAUGGCAUUGUGAUCUUUCUGCUUGGGGCAUCCUUCGGCGCCACCUACGGCCUCACCAUCGCCAACAAAGAGCUCGUCAAGGCCGAAGUGAGUGAGCAGAGACCCAAAGCAAACAAACAGCCAACGGCACUCUCUCCUUGUCUCCUUGUCUCCUCGUUGUUUAGCUCGGGGGAAGCAUCGUGACGUUUGUGCUGUCGAUGCUGCUGGUUGGCGUGAUAGCAGGCAUCAAUGUGGGCCUCCAGUCGCUCAUCUCCUACCUCGUGCCCUACCAAAGACACGUCACUGUCACCGGACGAGACGUACGUGCGCGGGGAGGGCACGCACACACAGAGAGACAAGCCGUCACAUAUAUACAGCUGUCCGUGUGUGUGUAUGUGUGUGUGUGUUGGCCAGGCGAGCGAGAUGAACAUGCUGACAGCGGCAUUGGUGCUCAACACGGCACUCAUACACUUUAUCAGCAACAUCAACCCCAAAGAAUGGUCAGUCGCUUACCACACAACACAACACAACACAACACAACCACAAACACCCGCACCGCAUCCGCUGUGUGUCCGUCAUCCCUCCCUCCCUCCCUCCCUGUCUCUCUGUCUGUCUGUCUGCAUGGGACGGGAAGGUACGCGGCAGGCGGGUUGAUGCAGAACAUGUUGCUGCAGCUGUGCUUCAACGCCGUCAUCGUGCCCUUCUUCUAUCUACUCGACCUCACAUCCUGGGUGGGUGGGCGCGGCGGUCGGUCGGUCUGUCUGUCUGUGGUUUGGCCGUUGCUGGCUGGCAUGUGACUGACGACCACACCCUGUGUGUGUCAGUUCCGUCGCCUGUUGGCCAACCGGAUAGUGAAUAAAAUUGGUGUCGAGAAGACCAAAAUGACCCAGGAGCAGUUCAACAAAUACUACGAAGGACCCGCCUUCGACACGAGCAGACGGUACGGUGGGGCGGUGGGAACACACACAUUCCCGGCAAGCAGUACUGGUUGAGGGCUCAUCUGUGUGUGUGUGUGUCAGAUAUGCGAAUAUUCUGAAGACCUUUACGGUGACGGCCGUGUACCUGCCGGUGCUGCCCCUCGGCACCGUCGUCUCCAUCUUCGCACUCAUCAUCAUGUACUGGGUAGGGACGUAUGGUGGCCACUUACACACCGACAGACAGACAGACAGACAGACACGUACCGUACAUGUGAACGAACGCUCCACCAUGUCACCCAACAGGUGGACAAGUUCAUCCUCCUUCGGUGGUGCGUGCGCCCCUAUGUGCAGUCCUCAUUCCUUGCCGACAACGUACGCACACACACACAGACACAUCCACACACCCGCAGGCAGCACAGGGGCACACACACACAGACGCAGGUCCGUGUGUCAUUCAUGCGUCCACCUGGCAGGCCAACAGGAUCGUUCGUCUGGUGGCCAUCUUCAUUCCUGUGUUCGCGCUGGCCUUCCUGGGGCCCUCUCUGGGCGGCGAUGCGCGUCGACUGAAUCGCACUCUGUGCCUCAUGCUGCUGGCUGCGGCAGUGGUGCUCUUUGUCUUCCCCAUCAGCUGGCAGCGACACCUUUGCCUCACAUACUGGUGCCAGGUAGGUACGGUUGCAGGUCUGGUCUGUGUGGGGGCAUCUGUCCCUGUCCCUGUCCCUUGUUCCGUCAGCGUCGUGUGAGCAGUGAGGUUGAUGCGUUCAGCGGCGAGUCGUAUUACGUGGCGCAGUACAACUGGGCGGUCAACACGCUGUACCACACCACCAACCCCAUUUACAAGGCCCUUGGGGAGGAGCUCAACCCGCCCAUCCUCGCCGACCCUGACGCCGACACCGAGGACAUCUCACCUGUCGCACACAACAACAACCAGGACCAGGGUGGCGACCGGGGACACAUUCUCAAGAGAAAAUGUAUGUCAGUCAGCAAGACAACACAACGAGAGAGAAAGGAAAGGCGUAUAGUGUGUGAAUCCACCGGUGUGGUGUGCGUGUACUGUGUUGUGUUGUGAUGUUGGUGCACCCAGCGAGCAACAUAGCGUUUCAGAGCAUCGGUGCGGCUCGUCCGAGUCAGCAGCACGGCGGCAAAGCCAUCCAGGGGGGGCAGAUCAACUUGCAAAGCGUCAUCCAACAGGUGCGGCGCGAUGCGGACACACAUGCCAUCCACCCGUCCCGUCCACAUGGAUGUAUGUGUGUGUGCUGUUGGGUUGGCGUCGGUUGCCUUGCCUUGCCUUGACUGCACUCACUGCAGGCGGCCUCUGCUGCUGCGACAACUCAGACCCAAGGGCUGAACUUCAGGCAGAUGUACGUGGCCCAGAUGCCAAACAGAAUCACCAACCAGGUCAGUCGGGUAGCUUAAGCAGCUAGACAUACUUGCUCCCUCCCUCCCCAGACACACACACACAGAACCACUCACACACAACCACUGCACAGGUGUAGUGUACGGAUGCGUGUCUCUCUCUCUCUCUUGCUGUGCUGUGUGCAGGCUGGCCGUAUGUCGACGGCCCAGCCGCCAGUGGUGAAUAUGGGUGGGCCGCACACUCAGGUAUACGGCCAGCCGCAGCAGCAAUUCGUCCCUCCACAGGGCGGGCCCUUCAUCCACCAGCAGCAACCACACAACCCCGCCUACGUGCAGCAGCAGCAGCAGCAGCAGCAGGCGCCUCAGCCAGUGUAUGUGCAGCAGCCGCCCCAGCCGGCAUACGUGCAGCAGCAGCAGCAGCCGCAGUACGUGCAGCACCAGCACCAGCAGCAACCAUACAACCCAACACAGGUAGGUACCGUACGAACGUACCGAUUGAUUAGUGAGUGAGGAAGGAGUGGAUGGAUGGAUGGAUGGAUGGACAUCUGUGUGUUCGGGUGGGGUGGCUGCCAUAUGCAUGGCAGGUGUACCAUCAGCCCCUGGUCUAUGGGGCGCAGCAGCACCAGCAGGUGCCAAUCCAGCAGCAGCAGGGGUUCCUCACCAACCAGGCGAAUAUGCGCAGAUAGCUGAUCGAUGGCGACUCCCUUGGCCAUUCCCUGCAUGGCUGCUGCCCCUUGUACGAAUGAAUGGAUCGGUGUAGUGUAAUGGCGCCCCCAACGAACAGGCAGGCAGAGGUGGAUGGAUGGAUGGAUAGAUGUGUGUGUAUAUGAUGUGCUGUGCGUCUGUCUGUCUGUCUGUUGCCUGUGUGUCGGUCGAUCGAUGGAUGGAUGUACAUACAUCAUGAUGUGUGUCUGUAUGCCUGGGGGCACAUGGCAUAUGGCGGUGGUGUCUUCCUUCAAUUCGCACCGCACGGUGAGACGUUCCAUGGCCGCCCUAUUUAUUUGCUUUCCACUCGUCGAUCGUGUGGACGUCUCACUGAUCGGCACACACCCGUGGGCUCCCUCCCCUGAGUGGGUGCAGACUUGAGACAUGCGUCUAAAUCACACUCGAGGCACACGUACGUUCAUUCUUU